CAAAGCACAAUGACACCAGACCGAACAACUAUCCCGAUCCGCACCAGUCCCGUACCCCGAGCCCAACCCAUGAAGCGUCACCAUUCCGCUAGCUACUACGCUCACCGUGUCAGAGAAAGCCUCUCAACCCGGAUAUCGAAAUUCAUCUGCGCAAUGUUUCUCUUGGUUUUGUUCUUUGUAGGCGUCAUUGCUUUCAUACUUUGGCUCAGUUUACGCCCUCAUAGACCUCGGUUCCAUAUCCAAGACUUCGUGGUACAAGGUCUAGACCAGCCUACCGGAGUCGAAAACGCAAGAAUUGCUUUCAAUGUAACCAUACUUAACCCUAACCAACAUAUGGGUGUUUACUUUGAUUCCAUGGAAGGUUCCAUUUACUACAAAGAUCAACGGGUCGGAUUGAUCCCAUUGCUAAACCCGUUUUUCCAGCAACCGACUAACACAACAAUUGUGACCGGGACGCUUACAGGAGCUUCCUUAACGGUAAACAGUAACCGCUGGACCGAGUUUAGUAAUGAUCGGGCUCAAGGAACCGUGGGUUUCAGGCUCGAUAUAGUUUCGACUAUUCGGUUUAAACUCCAUAGGUGGAUCAGUAAGCAUCAUAGGAUGCACGCUAAUUGCAACAUCGUGGUUGGAAGAGACGGGUUGAUCUUGCCCAAGUUUAACCAUAAACGGUGUCCAGUCUACUUCACUUAGAAAGAUUGAUUGGUUUGUUAUUUGCUAUUCUCUUUAUAUUUUACUUUCCUUUUGAAUGAUUUUGCUUUCUUUACGUUUUGUAACUUGGAUUUGGGAGUUUGGUUUUU